AACUGUUUUUAUGCAUGACUACUCUCUGGCAAGAGGUUCUCAAAUGCAACAGGCCAUGUUCAAGUGAGGAAGCCCCCCUACAAAAUCCCUAUCAGAAGAACAAUCGUAAAAGAUUUAUCCCAAGCAAUUGAAAGGACAAAUAUUAAAAUGUGAAAAGGAAGAGGAGGCUGUUGUCUUAUAUUAGUUACGGAGUAGAGUUUAAAACUGUUGUAUUUUAUAACUAUCAUAACGAUAGACCUGCUUAUUAAGUACCUCAAUCAAUAUUAAGAACUGACUAGCUCGUGAAAAUUUGAUUGUUGCAUUCAGACAAUCCCCCCAUUUAAAGUGCAAAAAGAGAAAAGGAUGACUCUUUAAGUAUUUGUCUCCUAUUUCCAAAUUAAAAUACUUAUCCUCACUUGUGAUAAUUGCAAUCGAUCUAUUCUUAUCUUAGAUGAACUGCGACAUGGACUGGGGAGUCAGUAAAGACGACUCAACUUGAUAAAUUUUAUUUUGGACUAUUCAUUAUCAAAAAACUAAGCUUCUCUUUAGAUAAAAAGGGGUCUCCACCCUCAAUAAUUUAAAGAAUUAUGUCACUGAAGGCAACUGUAUUAGAUGCUAAUCUCAACAUAGUAAUAUCAGAACUUGUGAAUUAUGAUUCUGAGUUGCCUCACUACAACACCAAAGGUGGAGUCUUUCGAGACCCAUUCGUUAAUGGCAGAAUUGUGUCACCAACAUUGAUGUGGGUGGAAGCCCUAGACCUUAUUCUCCGAAGACUCGAAAAGUCAAAUUUGGAUUUUGGAAAAAUUGCAGCUGUUUCUGGUAGUGCUCAGCAACAUGGUAGUGUUUAUUGGAAGAAUGGGAGUUCUGUCAUACUAUCAUCAUUGGAUCCUAAAAAAACACUUGUGGAUCAAUUUCUUGAUGCUUUUUCAAUCGAAGAAUCGCCUAUAUGGAUGGACUGCAGCACCACAGAACAAUGCAAAGCUAUUGAGGAAGCUGUUGGUGGUGGAUUGGAGUUGGCUAAACUUACUGGUUCUCGUGCACAUGAAAGAUAUGUCGGUCCUCAAAUUCGAAAGAUUUUUGAAACACAGCCUGAAAUUUAUCAGAAUACAGAGAGGAUAUCACUAGUUAGUUCUUUUAUGGCGUCUCUACUUGUUGGGUGUUAUGCUUGCAUUGAUCAAACUGAUGGAGCAGGAAUGAAUCUCAUGGACAUUGAGCGCCGAAUUUGGUCCAAAAUAGCCCUGGAGGCUACUGCACCUGGUUUAGAGGAGAAGCUUGGAAAGUUAGCUCCUGCUUAUGCUGUUGCUGGUUCUAUUGCUUCCUAUUAUGUUGAGAGGUACCACUUCAACAAAAAUUGUGUAGUGGUUCAAUGGUCUGGAGACAACCCUAACAGCUUAGCAGGGUUGACCCUCAACGCUUAUGGAGAUCUGGCAAUCAGUCUUGGCACAAGUGACACUGUCUUUGGGAUUGCAACUAACCAUAGACCUAGCUUAGAUGGGCAUGUAUUUCCUAAUCCAGUAGAUACCAAAAGCUUCAUGGUAAUGUUGGUCUACAAGAAUGGGUCUUUGACUCGUGAAGUGCUCGAAACCCUCGUAGAUAUACGUGAUCGUUAUGCAGAUGGAUCUUGGGAGGUUUUCAAUAUGUUUUUACAGCAAACUCCACCUCUGAAUGGUGGAAAGAUUGGUUUUUAUUACAAAGAGCAUGAAAUACUUCCUCCUCUCCCAGUUGGUUUCCACCGAUACAAUCUUGAUAAUUUCAUGGGUGACUCCUUGGAUGGAGUAAUAGAACACGAAGUAAAGGAGUUUGAUCCGCCUUCAGAGGUUCGAGCGUUAAUUGAGGGGCAGUUACUCUCCAUGCGAGCUCAUGCCGAGAGACUUGGAAUGCCUUCUCCACCCAAAAAGAUUAUUGCAACUGGAGGAGCAUCUGCAAAUGAUCAAAUCCUGAAAAUGAUUGCUUCUAUUUUUGGGUGCAACGUCUAUACUGUCCAAAAAACAGAUUCAGCUUCCCUUGGUGCAGCCUUGAGAGCUGCUCACGGGUGCUUGUGUGACCAGAAGGGAAAAUUUGUGCCCAUCUCUGAUAUGUAUCUAAGGAAAUUGGAGGAGACAUCGCUAAAGUACAAGCUUGCGAUGCCUGCUGCAGGUCAAGACCUUAUUGACAGGUAUACAUUGUUGAUGAACAAGAGAUUGGAAAUUGAGAAUCGUCUCAUCCAAAGAUUGGGACGUUGGUAAAAUUUCACUCAGGUCAUGUACUGCAUGCGGUUUUAACACAAACUGGCUUAACGUGUUUUUAGUGCGGACCUUCAGAAUUGCCAUAGUUUUUUUGGAAAAAAGAUCGUACUUACCGUUCUGCUUUGAGAAAUAGUUUAAAUAUAUCAUCUGUUUGAGUUUCCAACUAUAUAUACUUAACCCUGUAUACAUUUGAUCAAAUCCUCGCCUGAGUCUAACGGAGGGGACACGUGGAGGGCCAGCCUAUACCCGGUUUAUAUUACAAAUCCAACACUCGCACUCUAAUUCCUGAAGCCUAGACUCAAGCUCUUAUUUUUCAUCCAAAUCCUUUCCCUAUUCCAAUUUAAUUUCCAGA